AAAAAAUGGGUAUCAAGGAUCUCCUGAAAUUUAUGAAGCCUUACAUCGAACCUAUCCACAUAAAAAAGUACGCUGGCAAACGAGUGGGUAUCGAUGCAUACUCAUGGCUUCACAAGGGUGCUUAUUCAUGUAGUAUGGAGCUUUGUCUAGAUUCUGAUAGUGAAAAGAAAUUGCGGUACAUUGAGUACUUUAUGCAUCGAGUGAACCUUCUUCGCUACUACAAAAUAACACCGGUUGUUGUCUUUGAUGGUGGCAAUGUUCCUUGCAAAGCAGCAACUGAGCAAGAGAGGCAUAAAAAAAGAAGUGCUAAUCGUGAAUUGGCAAUGGCCAAGCUCAAAGAAGGAAAUGUUAUUGCAGCUUCAGAACUCUUCCAGAGAGCAGUUAACAUUACUCCCCUGAUGGCAUAUAAAUUAAUUCAGACUCUGAGAUCAGAGAGCAUUGAGUUUGUUGUAGCUCCAUAUGAAGCAGAUGCUCAGUUAGCAUACAUGUCCAAUCUUGAAGUAGAAAAGGGUGGAAUUGCUGCAGUGAUCACAGAAGAUAGUGAUUUGAUAGCUUAUGGUUGUCCAGCUAUUAUUUUUAAGAUGGACCGUGAUGGGAAUGGCGAAAGAAUUGAGAUAGAGAAGGUUUUUUGUGCCAAGUCCAGUAGACCUUCAUUUCGGAAUUUUGACAUGAAACUCUUCACAGGUAUGUGUGUCUUAGCUGGCUGUGAUUUUCUUCCAUCUGUUCCUGGAAUUGGUAUUGCUCGAGCUCAUGCCUUAGUGUCCAAGUAUAAGAACCUAGAUCGUGUUUUGUCAGUUCUUAAGUUUGAGAAGGGUGAUCAAAUGCCUGAAGAUUAUGCAAAAUCCUUCAAAGAGGCAAUUGCAGUCUUUCAGCAUGCUCGAAUAUAUGAUGCCAAUGCUAAAGAGCUUAAGCACAUGAAGCCUCUUCCCCAAGGUUUUCUUGAAUCACUCGAUGGAACCCUUGAUUUCUUGGGACCAGAAAUUCCAUCAACUAUAGUCACGGCAAUAGCUGAAGGAGACUUAAACCCAUCAACUAAGGAAGCCUUUGAUAAGUCUGAAAGUCCUGGACUUUCUCUUAACCGUAUUGCAGUCAAAAGCAUUGGUCAAAUAAAGAAAGUUGAGGUUCCAAAACAACUUGCCAAGGAAAACUGCUUCUCAAUCUUUGUCUCCCAAAACACCACUGAAAAUAAUACAGUGACAAGAGAAGACUUGAUCUCAGAUAAAGAAAGACAUUCAGUUGAAGAAUUGGCACUUGAGAAACUAAUCAAGCCACUGGAAACAAAUGAAACAAUUGAAAAGACCAUUAUAUUUGAUGACACUCCUUUGAAGGUUCCUAACAACAACCCAUUCAAGAUAAUGAAAACUGAGGAAACAUCUUUUUCUGUUCAGACAGAUAAUAAAACCACAUUUGAAAAGGUUUCUAUUGCAAGCAAUGAGGAAUACAUUGACUUGUGCACACCCCCAGAUAGUUUUGAAGAAGAAAAGGAGUCUCAGAAUCUCUCAAGAAAAAGGAAAUUUCAGAACAUUUGCUCAGAUGAACCGGUCUCAAGAGUGACUCAAGAAGAAUUAGAUUCAGAUGUUAUUUGCUUGAAUGUGGAAUCACAAGGGAGUGUGAAUUCUAAGACAAGCAUGAAAAAUGUUUCAGGAUCAAAAGGAAGAUGUGGAAGUGAAAAACAAUCAAAGAGAGGCAAGUUCAAGCAGGCUUUGACCGGCAAUAGAACUAUUUUGAGUUUCUUUUCUAGAGUGUAAUCAUAAAAUUUCUAUGGCCAUGAAUGUUUUGUAAUCAAUUUAGAAUAUAAUUCCCCAUUUAAAUUAUAAACA